UGGAAAAGCAUAUAAGAGGAAUUGCUGACAUUGAGGUUGAAAUGGCAAGUUCACAAGCACUGUUCCUAGCCGUAUUCAUAUCAGCAAUUGCAUUUUAUUCAAGAUCAGCAGAUGCCAACUUUGGCCAGAGCAUGUAUUUCAACUGGGGUUCUCAGCAUUCUUGGAUGGGGAACUAUGGCAACGAUCUUCAACUUGUUUUGGAUCGAACUUCAGGUUCUGGUGUCCAAACAAAGAAUGCAUAUCUAUUUGGAAGCAUUGAAAUGCUAAUCAAGUUGGUACCGGGGAACUCUGCUGGAACUGUCACAGCCUAUUAUCUGUCCUCGACUGGGAACAAGCAUGACGAGAUAGACUUCGAGUUCUUGGGAAACUCAUCGGGACAACCUUACAUUAUCCAUACAAACAUCUUUACGCUCGGAAUUGGAAACAGAGAACAGCAAUUCCACCCCUGGUUUGACCCAACAGCUGAUUUCCACAACUACACCAUCCAUUGGAACCCAACAGCAGUUGUGUGGUAUAUUGACAGCCUGCCUAUUCUAGUAUUCAAAAACUACCAAAGUGAGGGAAUUCCCUACCCAAACGAACAAGGGAUGAAGGUUUACUCAAGCUUAUGGAAUGCUGAUAACUGGGCGACAAGAGGUGGCCUUGUUAAGAUCAAUUGGAAAAGUGCACCUUUCAUAGCAAGAUACCGCAAUUUUAGGGCAAGGGCAUGCACGUGGUAUGGGUCAUUUAGCAUUAGUCAAUGUGCCUCCUGGACGCCUGCCAACUGGUAUACCUCCCCAACAUACAGCCAAUUGAGCUACGGUAAGCAAGGUCAGAUGAAGUGGGUCAGAGAUAACUACAUGAUUUACGACUACUGCAAAGAUACUAAGCGAUUCCAUGGGCAGAUGCCACCUGAAUGUUACAAACCACAAUACUAACACGAGCAUCAACAGUCAAAGGAAUAAACCCCACCGUCGUCUCUGAGAGAUGAACAAUUAGCAGCCCUACAUCCUAUCAUACUUCAAGUUUACAACUGAGAAUAAGCCCUUUGAUGUGUCUUUGUGUUUCAAUCAUUAUUGUCUUCUUCUUCUUUCACUU